ACCAGCCAAGGGGCUGGAGUGAGCCAGGCGCCGCGGAGCACGCCGGAAGGAACGGCCCGCAUCCCGUCGCCCGUGCGCCUGCGCCGGCUCUUUGCGUCUGCGCACUAGCGCCCGCCCGCUACCGGCGCCUGACGUCACGGGGCGGGCGCCGCUCCAUCCGGGUCUCCGGGCACCGCCCCUUGGAUGACGCCACAAUCGCGGACGUCUCCUCCGUGACGCACACCCGGUCCGUCGCGUUGUGACGUCACAGAGCCCGGGGCCCCGCCCUCCCGUUUUCUCCGUGGGCGGCUCCCUCCGCUCCCCCCAAGGGGCGGGGCGUUGCGAUGAAACAGUGGCACGAGCCUAAGCCGGCCGCUAGUGGAGCAGGUGAGGCGGGACCAGGUGGGAUGGCAGAACGCCCUCUGGUUCCAGCCUGUCCCACGCACCGGCCGGGACGGCUCCAACGCCAUCUCCUGAGCGGCGAGUUCGACCAGCUGCGGGAUUUACCCAUCUUUGAGAGCAACUUCGUGCAGGUGACCCGGUUAGGAGAAGUUGCCAACAAGGUCACCAUGGGGGUGGCAGCCUCCAGUCCAGCCCUGGAACUCCCAGACCUGUUGCUUCUGGCGGGCCCUGCCAAGGAGAACGGACGCCUGCAGCUCUUCGGGCUGUUCCCCUUGCAGUUCGUCCAGCUCUUCGUCCACGACGAAAGCCGCUGGCAACUGAAGGUCAAGUUCCGCACCGGCCGCGCCUUCUACCUGCAGCUGCGGGCCCCGCCGGAGACCCGCGACCGCAAGUUCGGCCAGUGGGUGCGGCUGCUCUACCGCCUGCGCUUCCAUUCGGCCCAGGGAGCCGUACCCUUCACGCAGGAGUGCUCGGCGCUGGAGGACGACAAGGACGAGGAUCCGAGCAGGAGGAAGUGAGCGGACGAGCUUCAAGCCAUGGAAGCCAGCCUGGACCCACAGACCUCGGAACUCUGGGGACUCUGAUUCCUCCAACAUUAUUUUGAGGUCACUAAAAGACCAGAGAUCAAAGUGUACCCUACCUCGGGGCCGGACAGAUGAAUUAUUGAAGUUAAUAAGGAUCGGCCA